AUGCUAAAGUGGAUUCAGGGUGGAAUCUCGUCGGUAACGGGGAUGGCUGAGCCAGAAUAUGGUGAAGCGUAUAUCCAUACCGCCACCAAUAGGGUUAAGGGAAAGCAGCCUUUCCGCGAGACUACAAGGGACGACAUGAAGUGGGUGAACCCUGACUCAAUGAACGUGGAAACCGCCACUUUCUACUUUUCGAAAGCCGACGAGGGGGUUACUGGGUUUGCACAGAUUAUCAACUCGAACAUUGCUGGUGUCCACUCGACUGGUCAGUUUACGUUCAGAUUACACCAUGAAACUAAGCCCGAAUUAAAUACGUGGACUUCUACAAGAUUGGAGAAUUUCCGUGUUGACGGUGCGAAUUAUUAUGCGAACAAUUUGUCGAUGGAAAUUAACGAGGAAGGCACAGAAUGCCACCUAAAAUCUUCUGUGAACGAGGAAAGUGUUGUUGAUAUUGUCUUGAAGAGGUUAACACCAGGUGUCAAGGUGGGCGAUGACCCCGUUACGUAUUACGGAGAAAACCCAAAAGAGCCUUGGGGCAAGGUUAGACACGUUUUCUGGCCAAGAAACACGGUAUCCGGGUCAAUUGAGGUCAAAAAGGGUACAGUUACAUUUUCCAACGACUACUGUAUGUUGGUUAUGGCUUUACAGGGUAUGAAACCACACCACUGCGCAAAAGCAUGGAAUUUUUUGAACAUGCAAUCCGACACGCACUCUGUGGUCGUAAUGGAAUUCACUACUCCAAGAUCUUACGCGCAUACUAAAGUCUCGAUUGGGAUUGUUUGCGACAAUACCAGCGUUUUGGCCGUCACUGUAGAUAAUGAUUUCAACCAUAUCAAUCCCAUUGUAGACUCUGUCGGCUGGCCCAUUCCGCAAAAAGUAGAAAUACUACUACGUGGUAUCAGCAGCCAGAUUUCCGACGAAGAUGCUCAGUCAGCCGAAAAGCUCUCCUUCAAAGUCGAGGCCCAGUUGGACACUCCCGUCGAAGUAGUAGAUGUCAUGGCCGAAGUGCCAGGUUUCGUCAAGAAUAUCGUCUCUGGAGUUGUAGGAACAAAACCAUAUAUCUACCAAUACGCACGUGACAUCACCCUUACGCAUAGAGAUCUUGUUGUCAAGAGUAUAGGCUGGUGUGAGCUAAGUUUUGUGUCCGAAUCGGAGACCCGCUAG